AUGGCCUUGUCCACGGGACAUGUCGCCGGCCAGUUGCGGCAACUCAUCUACUACAACCUUGACAACAACAUGGUCCAAAAUGCCCUCUUUCUUGCCGGUCGCCUCCUUGCCCUCGAACCCCGAUCCUUUGAAGCCCAAUACCUGCUGGCCCUAUGCCACUUACACAGUGGCGACGUGAAGGCGGCUUUUGAGUGUAGUCAAAGUUCAGCCUCUCGAGGUCUGCACCUUGGCUGCGCGUAUGUCUAUGCCCAGGCAUGCUUGGAUUUGGGGAAAUACAUGGAUGGUGUCACUGCACUGGAGCGCAGCAAAGGCCUCUGGGCCAACAGAAACCACUGGAACAAACAUAGCGAGACGCAGAGACAGCAUGUCCCCGAUGCAGCCGCCGUAUUCUGCCUCCAGGGAAAGCUGUGGCAUGCCCAGAAGGACUUGACUAAAGCAGUGGACUGCUAUGUCGAGGCACUCAAGGCAAAUCCGUUCCUUUGGGAUGCAUACUUGAGCUUGUGUGAAACGGGUAUGUUAUGCCUGUGCCUUUCCGCUCAAUAUCUACUAAUACGGCCAAUAGGUGUCACGAUCCGAGUUCCCAAUAUUUAUCAACUCAGCCCAGAACUUCAUGCCAUCAUUUCUUCCCCUUCUCCUGAUGAGGGUGACUCUGGGUCCGAAAGUAUUGCUACCACAGCGACCACAGAUAGUGCUUUUCCCAUGCAGGCAACUGGCAUUUCUGCAUUUGAUCCUUUCACGGUUCCUGCCUCUCGAGGCGAGUCUGAUGCCACUUUCGGCAACUCUGCUCUCUGGGAAAAACUAAAUGGGAGCUCUGUCAGUGUCGCAACGGCGGUACCGCCAGUAAUUCAUGAGGGCAUGGAGACGCCGGGGGCGCAGAGUAGCGGGUCAGAGGAGUUUCGCAUUGCCAAUGGAGUCACUGAGCCCGAGUCCACCUGGGAACCACCUUUGGCUCCCAUGCGCAAGAAUCGCCCCAUUCAAUCCCUUGGUUUGGAUCCCACCAGCCAAUCUCCCCCCAAGAUGCGGCCGACUGGAAUUAGGCCCAAGACCAAGACCCGAUCCGAAUCAGACGAGCAGCCCACCAUCCCCGAAGAAGGGGAUCCACCGCCCGCACCACGAAUUGGCGAUCGCAAACGCACAGUCACUGGUCAAGUCGCCAACCCCGCUCCUCCAGUCGAACCAGGCGCACCUCAGCGUCGCAGUGUUCGGCUCUUCAAUCAGAUCAAACCAACUACCAGCAAGUUCUCCACCGCCACGCUCACCGGAACAGAAGGCCGCGAGGUGAAGAAGGUGCGAGGGCAAAGCAAUAGACGCCAGGGGGGCACCUCCACAGUUGGCCGUGUUGUGAGCGGCAACCGGAAGCCUAUGGAUACAUCCGACAGCGAGGGCAAAGAACUUCGGGCUAGCUUGAUACCACCUAACUCCGGCGCCCCUCCCCUGCCCAAACAUGCUGAGAAAACCAAAGAUCUAGAGGCCUUGAGUUGGCUGCUAGGACUUUUCAACAAACUUGCGUCCGGGUAUUACGCGUUGAGUCGCUACAGAUGCCCUGACGCCAUCCAAUAUUUCAACUCCCUCUCCCAGGGUCAGCGUGAGACCCCUUGGGUGUUGGCCCAACUGGGUCGAGCAUAUUUUGAGCAAGCGAUGUACACCGAGGCUGCUAGAUAUUUCUCUCGGGUGCAAACUCUGGCGCCCUCUCGAGUGAAGGAUAUGGAGAUCUACUCGACCGUCCUCUGGCAUCUCAAAGACGAUGUUGAGCUUGCUUACCUGUCACACAAGUUGCUGGAAGCCGACCGCCUCUCCCCACAAGCAUGGUGUGCCAUUGGCAACUCUUUCUCCCACCACCGGGACCACGACCAGGCUCUGAAAUGCUUCAAGCGUGCCACUGCGCUGGACCCCACCUUUGCCUACGCAUUCACCCUCCAGGGUCAUGAGUUCGUCGCCAAUGAAGAAUACGACAAGGCCCUAGAUGCGUAUCGUCGCGCGAUUCAUGCGGACAAUCGGCACUACAACGCCUGGUACGGACUGGGGACGGUAUACGAUAGGAUGGGCAAGCUCGAGCAUGCGGAGCAGCAUUUCCGCAACGCGGCUCUUAUCAACCCGACGAAUGCGGUGCUCAUUUGCUGCGUGGGGCUGGUGUUGGAGAAAAUGAACAAUCCACACGACGCCCUCAUCCAUUACAGCCGGGCUUGUUCACUGGCCCCGCACUCAGUACUGGCUCGGUUCCGCAAAGCGCGCGCGAUGAUGAAACUUCGAGACUACAAGUUUGCCUUGGCCGAGUUGAAGGUGCUGAAAGACAUGGCGCCGGACGAGGCGAACGUCCAUUACUUACUGGGCAAGUUGUACAAAAUGCUCCACGACAAGGCCAAUGCGAUCAAGCAUUUCACAACGGCCUUGAAUCUGGAUCCCAAGAAUACAAUCAUCUACACCAUGUCAAUCACCUCCUGUAUCUUGUCGGGCAUCGGCUCGUUCGUCGUGCUGACACUCUCCCUCUUUGCCCUCGGCCAAAAAGUACCCCGCGCAGCCUUCGUCGCCCGCUGUCUAGCCGCCUAUGGCUCGCUCCUCCUAUGUGCCACCUACGGUGUCAUCGCCUCGAUAGUCCUGCGCCUGAUCGGCUACGGCCGCGUUUCGCAGUGGGCCACGGCCCGGAGCUUCAAGUGGGUCAUGCGGUAUACGACGGGAGUUACUUUCGAUAUCACCGAAGGCGAAGAACACCUCUCGACCCGGCCGGCUAUCUUUAUUGGGAAUCACCAGACCGAGCUGGAUGUCCUCAUGCUUGGCGCUAUCUUCCCGCCCUACUGUAGCGUGACUGCCAAGAAGUCGCUGAAGAACAUUCCCUUCCUGGGCUGGUUCAUGGCGCUCUCACGAACUGUCUUUAUUGACCGUGCCAACCGAGAAACAGCACUCAAGGCAUUCGAUGGUGCUGUGAAUGAGAUGCGCACACACCGCCAGAGUGUUUUCAUCUUCCCCGAAGGCACCCGGAGUUACUCCGACGAGCCCACUCUGCUGCCCUUCAAGAAGGGCGCAUUCCAUUUAGCGGUCAAGGCCGGUGUACCCAUCGUGCCUGUCGUCACCGAGAACUAUGCUCAUGUCAUGUCGCCUCGCGCCUGGCGGUUUGACGCAGGGUCCAUCAAGGAUUUGACUUCCGCGGAUGUGGACAACCUGACCCAGUCGACGCGAGAGUCUAUGCUGAAAACCCUCGCCGCAAUGUCCCAUACCGAGGAAGACAAGGUCGAUGCGGCGCAUACCACUGGUGUUGCCACUGCCGUCGAGAUCUGA